AUGGCGUCAGCGCAGAGCAGCGGUCUCCAGAGGCGUAGAGGCGCUGGAGCUGCCCCGGUGUCUGCAGGACCCAGCACCUCUUCGAGUCGCAUCGACGAUGAAGACUUUACCCCGUCACGUACCGGAUCGCCUGCACUCGGUGGAAGCUCGACACCAACAUCCUCGCGCAGCCCGGCCGGCAUCGCCUCCUCCGCCUACGGAGCACGUUCAGCGACCGGAUCCGUAACCACCUACGACGAGUCCACCGGGCAUCGAGUCGCAUACGAUCCUCGCGAUCUGAACGACGAAAAGGAGAUUGGAGAGAAUCCGCGGCUUACGCUCAUGGAGGAGAUUUUGCUCUUGGGUCUCAAGGACAGGCAAGGCUACCUAUCAUUUUGGAACGACAACAUCUCCUAUACCCUGCGCGGCUGCAUCCUCAUUGAGCUCGCGCUGCGCCGCCGGAUUGCCAUCACCAAAGACCCUAUGCGCAAACGAUACAGCUUGACCGAACGGAUGGUCGACGUGAUCGAUGGCAAGAUGACCGGUGAGGUGCUGCUCGACGAAGCGCUCAAGAUGAUGAAGGCGAGUGACAGGAUGUCGGUGGGGCAGUGGGUGGAUCUCAUGAGCGGAGAGACUUGGAAUGUCAUGAAGAUCGGCUACCAGCUCAAGCAGGUGCGCGAACGCCUGGCGAAAGGACUGGUCGACAAGGGCAUCCUUCGCACCGAGAAGCGCAACUUCUUGCUCUUCGACAUGGCCACGCAUCCACUCAAUGACACGAGCUCUAAGGAUGCUGUCUUGCGGCGCGUGCUCACGCUACUCACCUCCACCUCGCCCACCGUGCACGCCAACACGUUCUACAAAGAAGACUCUUCGUCCAGCGGGCGCCCCGUGGCAUUGCGCGUGACUCGAGCACUCUGCCUCCUCUGCUGCUCCUUCUCGGCCAAUGUGCUCGAAAAUGCGCUCAACCAUCUUUCGUACGAGGCACGCGAAUCGGCAUUCCAGAAGGCGGACGACAUCUUGGAAGAAUUUGCCAACUGGCCCAUGGCGCCCAGCUCUGGUCUCGCGGGUGGUGGGGUCGGUGGCGGAGCGGGUGCGUUUGGCGCUGCUGGCGCACCGACGUCUUUGUCGUCCAAUGGUCCCAAGCCCAAGGCGAAUGGAGGUGCGAGAAUCGGCGAAGGGUCGAUGCUCAACGAGAGGGCGUAUGAAGAGGGCAAUGUGGGAGCAUCGGUGCACGAGUUGGGCAAGGCACUGCAGAAGGAGCUGGAGCAGGAGGGCGAUGCCUUCAUGUUUGAGUGCAUUGCUGCCGUCCUCAAUGUUCUCAGCAGGAUGGAUUCGCUCUUGUAG